GUACCCUAAUUAGUAAAAUUUCCUUCCGUGAAACUAACAGUGGCACGUGUAUUUACCCACGCCUAACACAACUAUAACCAUCUGAUUGGGCAUUCGACAUUGGAACUUUGUAGUCGCAGUCGUAGGCAGUUCAUGCUUAGUGCGAGAUAGAAUGACUCUCAAGUUGUAAUAUAGUCAGGUGGAGGGCAAUGACCUUCAAGUUGUUUACCAAGGGUCUGGGGACAUCGGAUAACGUCAUGGUGUACUCCGAUUCUCUUCGAAGCUACGAUUUAUGUAAUGUGUCAAUCCAAUUCUUACUCAAGCCCCAGUGGCUCGCACUUUUGACUGGCACUGACGAGCGCCUGUUCUUUCAUAUCAAUGUUGGGAGUGGUAUACUGAUGAUUUCUCGAAUCACAAGAGAGUCGUGGUGUGCACUAACGGCCACCUGGACUCGGAGGUGCCGUCUGAUCCAUACCCUUCCCAUCCCACCCUCGACCGCUUCCCUAUCCUGCGCAGAAGAUCAGGGACGUGCGAAGGUUUGGCUUCGCACAUUCGAAGACGCCAAAACCGUCCCAAAAAAUCUAGUUGAACUUACUUUCUCUCGCAGUUCUGGUCCCGGAGGACAGAAUGUCAAUAAAGUAGAGACCAAGGUUUCUGCGCGCUGUCGUGUAGACGCACCUUGGAUACCGAUAUGGGCGCACGAGAGUCUCGUCAAGACGCCAUACUACGUCAAAACAACACAUUCUUUACUGGUUUCAUCUAGCGCGUCUCGUUCGCAAGCACGAAACAUUGAUGAUUCCCUGAGCAAAAUGCAUGCCGUAGUGAUGCAUGCUGCAAAGGACUUCAUUACCAGCGAACCCAGUGCAGAGCAAAGACAAAGGGUUGCCAAUCUAGAAAAGGCCCACGCCAAUCGAAGGAGAUCGGAGAAGGAUAAACGCAGCGCCGUGAAGAAGAUGAGGUCCAAUAAGGGAUGGAGCGAAUAAUGUUGUUGUCAAUCCUAUUAAAAUCGACGCUGGAUUUAGCCACUCUCCGAUGCUAGCUACUGAUAAAUCCCAGUUUACUCUGCUUGCACCAAUUGGCAUUGGGCUGGUAUUCAUAAAAAUGGCACAUUCAUUCGCGCCUGUCGUCGUUACUGGGUUUCCUUACCAUUGGGUAUAUCGGGUCGCUCCGUUUCUCGGUUCUCUGCUGGGAACUGCUUUUGACAAUAUCCUGAAAUGGUACUCAAGUGAGAUCCACCUGCUCAUUCACAUGUACUGAUAGGUACCUUAUCAAGGUUUGAAUCGUCCACGCAGGAG